CACUAGAAAAACCUGUUCAGUAAGAGGAAUCAAGGCAAGCAAUCGUGUUGGCCUUUUUGCCGUUAGAAUCUCGUGUUUUGCUUUGUUUUUGGGUUGAAAAUUGAGAUGAAAAUGGAGUUGUUGUGGUGGUGGUGAUGAUAACGACCACACUCAAUCUCUUUCUUCAUUUGAAGAAACAACCACCCAGGAAGGAAAACAAAAGGAAAAAAAGAACAAGAUCGUUGCUUUCUUGUUCAAUAGAAAAUCCCAUUUCCUUACUUAUUCAGCUCUUAAUUUAAACUGUUCUAGAGGAUGGGAGAUCAUUUUGUGUUACUUGUCGAUCGGCUACUAACGGAAUCCACUCUUGAAGCUGCUAUUGAGAGUAAAAACCAAUCACAGCAAGGCAUGUCCUCAGCAAGCAAAGAUGAUAUGAUUGACUUCUCAUCUCAUAGGGUGGAUGAGAAUGUUGGUUCAUCUCCAAGUAAAUUGGUGGAAUGUAGGAUAUGCCACGAUGAGGAUGAAGAUUUGAACAUGGAGAUACCCUGUUCCUGCCGUGGCAGCUUGAAGGUAGUUGCAAGUGAGAUAACUUGUUUUCCUGUGCUACUUUUUCCUGGAUUGUUGCAGUAUGCCCACCGCAAAUGUGUUCAAAGGUGGUGCAAUGAGAAGGGUGACACCGUCUGUGAGAUUUGCCACCAGCAAUUCAGGCCUGGUUAUACAGCACCCCCUCCUUUAUUUCAUUAUGGAGGUGUUCCUAUGAACUUCAGAGGAAAUUGGGAAAUUUCCAGGAGAGACCUGCCAGCGCCUCAUUUUAUAACAAUGGUUACUACGGAUCGUGAUUUUCUGGAAUCAGAUUUUGAUGAUUAUUCGGCUCCCAGUUCUCGAAGCCUGAUUUGUUGCCGUGUCAUUGCUAUAAUUUUUAUGGUUCUUCUUGUUUUGCGCCACACUCUUCCAAUCAUAGUCAGUGGAGCUGGGGACUACUCUUUGACAUUGUUCACUUUACUAAUGUUGAGAACCGUUGGGAUUCUGUUGCCUAUAUAUAUCAUGGUUAAGGCAUUCACGGCUAUCCAACGUCGCCGACGCCAUCAGGAUCCUCGCUUUUCCCUAGCUGCGUCAGAUGAAGAAAGUGAAUUACCACAACUGCAGCAGUCACACUCACGUUUUAUUCGAAUACAUUAAACGCAACGUGGCAGCGUCCUCUCUUUCUUUAGGAAUCUACCGGUGGUGCUAGAGGAAGAAGAAAAAAAAAAUGAAGGGGAUUCAUGUUUGGUCAGAAUGAAUGCAUAUUCUACUUCUGUGUACAGUUACAAAAACAUUGAAAUGGGUAUAUAUAUAAAUUUAGCAUACAAAGAUUGCUAGGUUCAAAGACUAUCUUCGUUACUUGCGAAGCAAAUGAGAAAGCGUCUUGCAACCAACAGCAGAUUGGCAACAAAAUGCCCCUCAUUCUCUCUCUCUCAUUUCUACUAUAGACUGCAAAAACUUUGUGUAUUACUCAUAUACUCUACAUUCAUAUAAUCUCACACCAUAAGCCUGUAAAUUGUACUUGCACAAAAGCAUCCGAAAAAGAGCAAACUAAAGUAGUUUUUGUUUUCAACUCUUCCAAAAUGAAAGGAAAAGAAACUAUAUUUUCGACCAACUCAUCCAUUGCUAACCACAACUAGAGGCAACUUUGAGUCAAGCAUUGCACCACUUGAUAAUGAAAUAGAUUUAUGGAAAGCAUAAUUUGUUUCCAAGGGGAUUUCAGUUUAAGUAAAAUUCAAAAAAUCCCAGUUGAAGGGUCAGGUCAUCAAAACUUGCAUACCCCAAAAAGGUAAUCUGUUUCGGUAAAGCAUAACCACCAGGAAAUUGAACAUAACAAACUGAUAUAUGAUUUGAAGAACGGAAAUUCACUUGAACAAAUGAACUUUGGAUAAUGUCAUUCAACUGUCCACGCUCGGAUCCACAUUAUGGCAGAAACCCAAAUACUAGACACUGAAACACAAAAUGACACUCCAUGAAACAACAAAAGCAAACUUCAAGGCAGACUCACUGGCAACUCUUUAUUAAUAACACAAAACACCUUAAAAAAUGCAAAAA